AUGGGGCACGCCCACUUCUGCCAACGGCUCUUUCAGCUCGACGUGAAUCACGACGGCAAGGUCGAGAGGUCCGGCAAGGCUGCGAAGGCCGGCAAGCUGGACUACAUCGCCGCCAGGGAGGCGGAGGCAGAGCUCGCCAGGGAGGCCGGCAGCGUUGGCGGCGUGGAGGACGAGGCCACAGCGGCCGUGGAGGAGAGGGAGCUCGCCCAGCGGGCGGAAUCCGCUGGGGAGGCCAGCAGCACCGGCACUAGGGCCCCUCUUAUUGAAGAUGUGGUCAACGAGUCGACUGAGGAGGAGGCCGAGGCCAUUGACCUGCCGGCUGCAGGGAGGAGACACGUCCUGUGUCGGGCCGACUCUGGCGAGCCGGUACGGCCCGGCAAGACUGUGCAGCGACAAGAGGCCCCGGAGGAGUCCGUGCGCCAGACGAGGGCCGCAGCAGCGAAGAAGGCGGUGAAGACCACGGUGGCGAAGAAGAAGGCGAUCGCCUCUUCUUUGUCCAAGAGUCCUCGGACUCCACCCGCUUCCCCUCCUCCCGCCGAUGCCGACACGGAGGUCGUCUUCGACUUUGGGGACAUGGAGACACUGGCACAGAGGGUGGCGAAGAGGUCCAAGGCCUCGACGGGCGACAAGCCCCCGGCAGGAGAGGAACGGCAGCAGGAGGAGCCGCUGAGGGCUACCCUCAACACGCCACCCCCCUCGGCCAUGCGGCCCCAAAGGGCGUCCCCGGCAAGAGCACCUUCCACCGAGCCCACGCCCAUGGAGGAGGAGACAGACUUGGGGGCCGGUGGUCCCACCCUGGCAACGAAGGUUGGCGGGGAGGGCGCCACUUCUUCCCAGCCUGGCGCAGAUCCUCCCCUGAUGGAUCAGGAGAACGUCGACGCCAUUAUCGGGGAGGUCGCCAAGGAUGAUGAGGCCGAGGCCACCAAGAUUGCCGCCGAAGAGGCCGCCAAGACCGCCGAGGAGGAGGCUGACAAGGGAUCCGCCGGGGGCGCCGGUGGGGCCGCUGCCGAAGAGGCCGGCAAGGCCGCUGCCGCCGAGGAGGCUGGCAAGGCCGCUGCCGGAGAGGAGGAGACGACCAUCCCUCCUCGUCCACAAUCUCUGCCCCGGGUUGUUGAUGAACCGAGCACCGGCAGCAGCGAUUCUCAAGAGGAGCGGCUUCUCUGGGCUAUGGGUGCCAACUUUCGGAAGCUCCACGCGCUCCACCGCACCUGCCAAGACAAGAUAAGAUCCAGGAUGGCCGUGGUGGACAAAGCAGAAGCAGAUUUCAAGGAGCGCGUUACUGAGACGCAAGCCUGGCUUCGCGACACCCACCAGGAACUGAAGGACAUCCAAGGCGAGCUGGCCUAG